UCCAUUUUCACCAUCGAUCUACUUCCUCUGCUUAAUUCGACCGACCUAACAGACCCAUAUUCACUCAUACUGAUACACCUUUUUUCUUUUUUUUCUUUUUGGUGGUUUCUUACUGGGUGGGUGCUUGUUCCUUUGUCGGUUACAAGAUCUUGAACAAGAUCAAUUUUUGGCAUCUGUAUUUUUGUUGAAUCUGUGAUGGGGUUGAGGUACAAGGCUGGUCUGCUGUUAAUUGCUGCUGUGGUCGUUAUUUGGGUUACCUCCGCUGAGGUUACACAGGGUAUUUUCACAGACUAUAAGCAACCAUUUGCAGUGACAUAUCUGGGAGCUUCUCUGAUGGUGAUUUAUCUGCCAAUAGCAUUUAUUAAGGAUUGGAUAUAUCGUUUUCUGAAGAGACGCUCCCAAUGCCUAAAUAAUGACACCUCUCCUGGAAUUGGCUCUCCUUUGAAGUACAUCGGGGGACAGCAAAUAUUUGAAAUCGAAAUUCAGGGAUCCUUAAACAGAAAAGACAGUGAUUUAGACCUUUCAGAACAUCAAGAAGGAAAGCCUUUGGUUGCUAAACAAGGGGAUGAUGCUAGAAUUAUCAGACCUGAAAAAGAAAUCACAACCAAAGAAAUCGCUACUUACGGAUUUUAUCUUGCCCCUCUUUGGUUUAUCACCGAGUACUUAUCAAAUGCUGCUCUUGCACGUACAAGUGUAGCAAGUACUACAGUUUUAUCAUCUACCUCAGGAUUGUUUACUCUCUUUAUUGGUGCAUAUUUGGGCGAAGAUUCCCUGAACAUUCCAAAGGUUGUUGCUGUGUUUGUCAGCAUGGCUGGUGUUGCCAUGACAACCCUAGGAAAAACUUGGGCAACUGAUGAGUCUGAACUAAAUAUCUCUUCAAGUGGGGAACGCUCUCUCGUGGGGGAUCUUUUCGGACUUCUAUCAGCUGUGUCAUAUGGAUUCUUUACAGUACUUCUGAAGAAGUUUUCGGGCGAGGAAGGGGAAAGGGUUGAUGUGCAGAGGUUGUUUGGUUAUAUUGGACUGUUUACACUUGUGGCACUUUGGUGGCUUGUAUGGCCAUUGACUGCUUUGGGUAUAGAACCAAAAUUCACAAUUCCGCACUCUGCUAAGAUGGAUGAAGUUGUUAUUGCUAAUGGUCUUGUUGGAAGCGUUCUUUCCGACUAUUUUUGGGCGUUAUCUGUUGUGUGGACAACACCCGUGGUGGCUACGUUGGGCAUGUCCCUCACCAUUCCACUUGCCAUGGUGGCUGAUAUGAUGAUUCAUGGACGGCAUUACUCUGCUAUAUACGUACUUGGCUCUGUUCAGGUAUUUGCAGGAUUUGUAAUAGCCAACCUUUCGGACUGGUUUUCGAAAAUUUUGGGUUUAUAAAAGAAUCGAUAUUGGGUUCCGAUGAACAGAGAUAUAAAUGUACUAACUGUGCAAGUGCCGAAUCUGAGAGCAAUUUCCUAUUGAUUCUUGUUGAUUUUUGGAAUUUUCGAUUGGAGAACCUCAUCAUCGGUAUCGGAUGUAGCAUGUAGUAAACCGUUAUUCAAGUUGUUAUUAGCUGAUCUUUAGGCUCGUCGAUCCCGUUAUCUGGUUCCAUAUUUCCAUGUGUAUUCAUUGAUUGGCUAUUGUUGUAUAUGUUAUUCUUCAGGCAACCAUGUGUGUAUGAUUCUAUAUAAUUCAUUUUUUGCUGUUGUUCGAUU